AUGGCCGACGGUUUAGGUCUCGCAGCUAGCAUCAUCGCGGUGCUUCAAAUCACAACAUCGGUUGCAUCUUUGAGUUACCAAUACUUGAAUAGCGCAAUACGAGCGCCCGACAGUCUUCGCGAACUUACGCUAGAGUUUCAAACACUCAUAGAAAUCCUCUCGCGUUUGAAAAUAUGCGCACAAGACCCACAAGCAGUAACUUUACGGACAGUAAAAAACUCUUUGCAUGUGUGUCAUAAGGAGAUGUUGGGACUACAAGAAAAGUUGAAACCUAGAAAAAGCUUUCUCGGCCGGCUACGAUGGCCCUUGGACGAGAAAGAUAUUCAGGGAUAUCUAGGACGAAUAGAAAGAUUUAAGAGUUCUUUUUCACUUGCCCUAGAGAUAGAACAGUUGGCUUGCACAAACCUAGUUGCGGACAGCGUUCAAAAGAUGGAAAUCGAGAUCGAAAAUAUAUCAAAUAGUCAGAAUUGUCAGACAGAAAGAGAAAAAGACGAAGCCCGACGGGAUGCUCUGAAUUGGCUAUUUCCAGCGCCGUGCGACAAAAGGCAUAUAGAAGAUUGGAUUAAAGGAAAUUCGAGUUGCCGACUUCUGUGGGGCAAUGGUAUCCCGGGUGCCGGUAAAACAUUCCUGAGCUCGUUGAUGAUUGAUCAUAUCGAAGCGAUCAAUGCAAACUACGGCGUUGGGAAUGUUUCUUCUCGUUCAUUUUCAUAUUGA